AUGUGGACGAACGUUCCGCCGGCGAGAUACGACGAUGUGAUUAUGGGAGACUUCUCCUGGACAAGUCUGAGAGAUGAGGUCGACAUAGACCAAGACUCGUACUGCUCCGAUCCAGAUUAUAACUGGCCUGGAUCCCUGGCAUCUUCAGAACGAAAGGACGCACGGUCAGGGACCUCGCAUUGCGGGUAG